AAUCUGAUUGGAUGUUUGUUUAACUAACUAAUUGUCAAUAAUCAUAUGAUUUGAAUUCUGAUUGGUAGAUUUCUGAGCCAGUCUAUUGUCGCGCAUAUCUAGAAGAUACUCAAGAUGAAAUAGUACAAUCAUUUUAACUUUAGUUAUUCAUGGAGAUUUUUAAAAAUUCUAUUCAAAAUGCCAAGAUUCGAUUUGAAAUAGUUGCCCUAGUAGCAGCCGUGAUCGUUAUUCUUAGUAUAUGGCAUAUAAAAGGUUUCACCUUAAAUGACAUUGGACAGUAUAUUUCUAUGUAUGAAAAUUCAUCACUCUGGGAUUUUAAUGAAACAUUUAUUUACUAUCCGGACUUUCAAACCUUCAAAACAGAUGUUAUUAGUGGACGUGUUCAGCUAAACAAAACUAAAAUGCAUAAUAUUGUUAUAUACGGUGAAAUGUUGGCGAGCAUUAAUAAAGAUGUGAGAAAUUGUGCGGUGAAUAAUUGUCUCAUACACACUAAUUCAAUUUUGUGGACUAACGCCAGCCUUAUUCUAAUUCCAAACAGAGUAUUUCCUCGUGGAAAACGUCCAGAACACCAGGCUUGGGUAGCCUACGACUAUGAAUCGCCAAUACACAGUCGAUUAAGCUAUGACCUUAAUGAUAAAAUAAACUUUACUGCAACUUACAGAUUCGACUCCACUAUUCGCACUCCUUAUGGAAUGUAUACGCCAAAUCCUUCAGCCAAUAAAGAUAAAGGCAACAACACUAAACUCAGUCGACUAGAAAAUGUGGCUGCAGGAAAAGAUAAAGCAGUUGCUUGGAUUGUAAGUAACUGUCAUCCUCAUAGUCCUCGGAAAUCUUAUGCUGAUGAAUUGGCUAAAUAUAUUACGGUUGACGUGUAUGGUGGUUGUGGUCGAUUUUCCUGUGGUUCAACGAAUUGUUUUAUUAUGCUACGCAAACAUUAUAAAUUUUAUUUAAGUUUUGAAAAUUCACUAUGUAAGGAUUAUAUAACCGAGAAGUUCUUCUCCAACGCUUUAAUGAACAAUGUUCUGCCUAUUGUAAUGGGAGCUUCAAUUGAAGAGUAUCAAAAAGUUGCACCACCUCAUUCUUUUAUUCACGUCGACGAAUUUGAUAGUCCCAAAGAGUUGGCUGAAUAUUUAAAGUAUCUUGAUAAGAAUGAUACUGCCUACAACGAAUAUUUUGCUUGGCACGACAAAGGUGUUGUGAGUAUGUGGUCAUCGAAACCAGAGUGUGAAUUCUGUUUACUGGCCAACGCUAUUGAGUAUUUGAGACCGACAAGUCAAGCAAAUUUUUCAGUCUGGUGGAGAAAUGGGUGUAAUGGAAGAAAACUAAGAUGGAAGUAGAACAAAUGCAGCAGAGGACUACAAUCAGAAUUAUGCAGACGUUUUGACCGGAGUAUAAGUCUUUCAUCUUUAUCAAGUUGUUGUACAUUUUGUUUGUUUUUGCUAUUUUUAAGCGUUACUCAAAUAAUAGUUAUGUUUCAGUGGGAUAUAACACUAUAAGCUUCAUAAACAAGUCAUAUAUACAUAUACAGUCCCUAUGAGAUGUACCAAAUAUAUAUAAUAUAAUACGUCUUCCUAUACACGUACACACAC